CUCGUCCAUAACAAUUCGAGACUUGAGUAAAAUCCCGUCAGACCACGGCAGCACGCCGCAGUAAUUCAACCGGUCUCGUUGAUUCCGGUUCUGAUGUCCAAUGCUACCUAUUUCUGAUUAUUUUUUUUUUUAUCGAUAUUCGCAAAUAUUACAGCGUGGUGAAAAGAUUAAAGUAUUGAAAUAUAUUUCUUACUUUUAAAAUGUAUUCAAAAUCGUUUGAGCUGAUAUUAUUGUGUUUGACUAUAAUUUUUAAUGGAUGUGCCACUCUAACAACGUCGAAAAAUUCAGAAUAUCCACCUUUAUUUGAAUCAACAUGGGGGUACUUGAAAGAGACUUUAGAAUGGGAGUCAAAGGAACCCAAGGAUGUGAUCAACAUUUUCUCGGAAUACGACUUUGUCGUAGUCGGUGCUGGAAGUGCUGGAUCAGUAGUGGCCAGUAGAUUGUCCGAAAUUAAAAAAUGGAAGGUGUUAUUAAUUGAAGCUGGAACAAACGCAAUACAUUUUAUGGACGUACCCAUUACAGCGCAAUUGUUGCAAGCUUCAGAAUACAACUGGAAGUAUAGGACUAUACCGAUGAACUCUUCUUGCUUAAGUUUUGAAAACCAGCGUUGUAAAUUUCCCAGAGGAAAAGUAAUGGGCGGUAGUAGUAUGUUGAAUUACAUGAUAUACACACGUGGUAAUAAAAAGGACUAUGAUAAUUGGGAGGAAAUGGGCAAUACAGGAUGGCGAAACGACGACGUGAUGAAGUAUUUUAUUAAAUCGGAAAAUGCAAACCUAUCUACCGCCGAGGUGAAUUACCACGGGUUUAAUGGAUUGUUGUCGGUGACCGACGUGCCAUAUAGGACGCCCAUAGCGGAUGCUUUUGUGGACGCCGGAUCACAGAUCGGACUGCCUGUCAUCGACCUGAACGGUGAAAAACAAAUCGGGAUUAAUUAUAUACAGGCUACCAUGAAGAACGGUCGUCGUUUUAGUACAAAUACAGCUUUUUUAUUUCCAGCAAGAAUGAGAUCGAACUUACACGUUAAAAAGCACAGCACCGUAACACGAAUAAUAAUAGAAAAGGGUACAAAAAAGGCAAUAGGAGUAGAAUUUGUAUCAAAUCGUAAAAAAUAUAGAGUAUUUGUACGCAAAGAAGUAAUUAUUUCUGGUGGAUCCAUAAACUCGCCACAGUUACUCAUGUUAUCGGGAAUUGGACCGAAAGAACACUUGGAAGAUGUAAAUAUUCCAUUGAUACAAAACCUGCCGGUUGGCGAAAAUUUGAUGGAUCACGUAGCAUUGGGAGGUUUGAGCGUUUUGAUAAAUGAUACUAUUUCAUUGAAAACCGAACGAUUACUGAAGAAUCCGUUAAAUAUGCACGAAUACACCGAACACAAAAAUGGUCCGUACACAAUACCAGGCGGUGCAGAAGCCUUGGCGUUUUUCGAUUUAGACCGACCGAGAUCCGCAGACGGACACCCGAACUUAGAAUUACUAUUAAUUUCGGGUCUAUUUUCGGACAACGAUUACACUCAUAAACUGUUUGGUUUGAAAUCAGAAAUUUAUAAUAAGGUGUACAGGAAAACCGAAAAUAUGGACGGCUUUACGGUGUUCCCAAUGAUUAUGAGACCGAAAAGUAAAGGCCGCCUGUGGCUAAAAGACGCUAACCCGUCCCAUUAUCCGCUGAUCGAUCCCAAUUACUUUUCCGACGAGACGGACUUGGACGUGGCCGUGGCCGGAGUACGGAUUUUCCAACAAAUGUUGAAAACCGACGCGAUGAAGAAGCUCAACGCCACGUUAUUCGACACCCCGUUGCCCAAUUGCGUUCGACACAAAUUCGACACGGACGCGUACUGGAAAUGCUCCGCGAGACAAAUAAGUUUUACCAUCUAUCACUUGUCGGGCACGUGCAAAAUGGGACCGGCGGGUGACCCCACGGCCGUGGUCGACCCCAGGUUGCGGGUGCACGGCAUAAGCGGGUUGAGAGUCAUCGACGCGUCGGUCAUGCCGGAAAUACCGGCAGCACACAUCAACGCUCCGACGAUUAUGAUCGGCGAAAAGGGCGCGGACAUGAUUAAAGAAGACUGGGGUAUUAGGAUAUAGAAUGGAUAAAUCAUAUUAUAAUAUUGACUAGUCAAAUUUGUUGUACCCACAUAUUAUUACACUUCAUUAUUAUUGAAACAAUGAAUGCGUUCAACCGUCCUCGACUGUAAUACAUAUUUUAAUUUUAUGCGUCUACGAGAUUCCUGUAUUAUCCAAAGAAAAACAACUUUUUUAAUAAUCGUAAUGCCCGGUAUCCGGGUUGCUGAAUUAUCAGAUAUUUGCUAGUACUUACCUACCCAUUCAACGUUAAAUGUUAAACAACAAACAAACAUACCAAAAGGCUGAGUGCCUUGAUCGGUUAUAGUAGAUGCUUUAUAGUAGAUGCUUGUGAUGUAUCAAGGCUCUCAGCAUUCAACAAACCCGUUUUUUUUUUUAUCGAUCCGUAUUUAAUAUAAUUAUAUUCUGCAGAUCAGUACCGAGACACUUGUUUUUUCUUAUUAAUCUGUAACUGACAAGAAAUUAUUCUCAAAAACUUAAUAAAAUACCAUUAUUUUGGGCGCUCCAAAUCAUUUUUGUUUUUAAAAUACUGUUUAGGUAUAUGUUAAUGAAGGCUCUCUUCUCUUCAAAUGUGUAUUAACUGUACUACAACUAAUACCCAAAACUAGUCUACUAUACAUCAUACAAUUAAUGCCUAGAAGUAGCUUAAAUUGUAAUGCUCCGAAAUUAAUGGAGAAAGAAAUUAUGGGUACCUAUUUAAAUUAUUAAAUUUAAUUGAAACGUUAUAAGUGUCUAUUUCGAAGAAUGCUUAUGAACUAUGAAGUACAUUUCAAUGCUUUUGUGGCACGGGACACGGGUAAUAACUUCCUAUUUGGUUAAAAUGUUGCACGGAUUAUUUUUAUGAGUAUUUAAAUCAGUUUAAAGUGUCGAUCUCUAGAUUUUUCAAAACCAAGUUAGGACACUGACAUUAGGAAUAUAAUACAAUUAUGGCAUCAUAAUUGACAAACUAUGACCAUUUGAUUUAGAACAAUUUUCCAGACAAUAAAAUAAAAUAAUAAAUGUUUCUGAAAAAUUGAUUUAUAUAUUUAUAAAUAAUUAAUAACGUGUAUCAAAAUAUGAAUUUUUGUUUAACCCUUUGAGGCAAAGUGGAUAGUGGUAUUAUACCGAAACCAUCUUUUUGUUAUUUUUGUGUGUGGUUACUCACAGUUGUAUUUUAUUGAAACCACCAACAAUUGAACAUGUUGGUAGUACUGUACAUUUUUUUUUAAAACUUUUUUUGUAAUAUGAUGUUAUAUUUUGAUUUUUGAAUAAAAAAAAAUUAUGUGUAACUGAAAGGGUUAAAAUAAUAUAAUUAAAUAUUAUAUUAACA